CCACAUUGUGGAGGCCCGAAAGUUUACCUCUUCAAAAUCAAUUAGCUAAUUCUAGGGUUUCUCAACAUCAGUCUCGCUGCAAAGAGAGGAGGCGCCAAGGUAUUUCUGAAAAAAAUUCAGCAUCAUGAAGCCUAUAUUUUGCGGGAAUCUGGACUUUGACGCUAAGCAAUCCGACGUUGAUCGCCUUUUCAGAAAAUAUGGGAGGGUGGAUCGCGUAGAUAUGAAAUCUGGCUUCUGCUUCGUCUAUAUGGAAGAUGAGCGGGACGCAGAGGAUGCGAUCCGGAGGCUUGACAGGAUAGAGUUUGGCAAGAAAGGGCGCAGAAUUCGUGUUGAGUGGACCAAGCAAGAGCGUGGUAGCAGAAGGCCUGAUAGCACCAGAAAAUCUUCUUCCAGUGCACGACCUUCUAAAACGUUAUUUGUUAUUAACUUUGAUCCUAUCAAUACUAGGACCAGGGACAUUGAAAAGUAUUUUGAGCAUUAUGGGAAGAUAUCCAAUGUCAGGAUCAGAAGGAACUUUGCGUUUGUGCAGUAUGAGCUGCAGGAAGAUGCAACCCGAGCAUUAGAGGAGACUCACCUAAGCAAGUUCAUGGAUCGAGUUAUAUCAGUGGAAUAUGCAAUCCGGGACGAUGAUGACAAAAGAAAUGGGCACAGCCCUGAUGGAAGAGGACGUGACACGUCUCCUGAUAGAAGAAACUAUGAUCGCAGACGUUCCCCAAGUCCCUAUCAAAGAGAUAGGGGUAGCCCUGACUAUGGACAUGGAUCUGUACCAAAUUCUAGAUCAGAACGGAGGGGCAGUCCUCAAUAUGGAAGAGCAGAAAGCCCUGCCAAUGACAGAUACAACAGUCGUUCACCCCCGCCUGCACGUGAGAGGUCUCGAUCACGAUCUCGGUCUUGAGAAGGACGAACACUGUUGGUAGCAUUUGGUAGAAUCUAUUCUCAUCAUUCUUCCCUGCAUAUUUCUCCAAGUGUUAUUCAACUAGUUAUUGUUAAAACUUUGGGUAGAGAGUGUUGUAGCCUAUGCAUUGUUGAAUUCGAUUGUAAUUCGUACUUAUGUCGAACUGUUCUAUGUUUCAACUGAUGUGUAUCUGAUUGAUCUUGUAUUUCAUGGAUAAAUUGAUGUAAUCGUGGAUUGGUUUA